AAAAGUUGUGCGGGAAUUUCGCGCGGUAAAUAUAAAGUAAACGAUCAUAGCAGGAUAAAUUUGUUAGCUUGAAGAUCUAUUUAAAAAACUUUAAAAAUGUCCAAUAUAGCACCAGCAAACAAAAAUAUCAUUUGUUCCUCAAUGGGAAAAGUUAAAAAAGGAGAAAUUCAGAUCAUAUUUGGUCCCAUGUUCUCGGGAAAAACGACUGAAUUAGUAAGAAGAUUAAAGAGAUAUCAGAUAGCCAAUUACAAUGUUUUAGUUAUUAAAUAUUCUAAAGAUACAAGAUAUGACGACAAUGAUAUAGCUACACAUGACAGACAAACUUUACCAGCUGUAUCAACUGAAAAACUAUAUGAUUUAAAAUCUAAAGCUCAACAAUUUGAAGUCAUUGGUAUUGAUGAAGGCCAAUUUUUUCCUGAUGUAGUAAAAUUCUGUAAUGAGAUGGCCAAUGCUGGUAAAACAGUCAUAGUUGCAGCAUUAGAUGGUACCUUUCAAAAACAGGGAUUUGGUAACACCUUAGAAUUAGUACCUUUAGCAGAACAUAUAAUUAAAUUAUCAGCAGUUUGUAUGAUGUGUUAUAAUGAAGCCUACUUUACUAAGAGAAAGAGCAAUGAAACAGCUGUAGAAGUGAUAGGUGGUGCUGAUAAAUACUUAGCAGUAUGUCGUAGUUGUCACGAAUCAUCCCCAGUCAAACAGUCACCACAGAAACGAUCUCCAUUUAAAGAACGUUCCAAUACACCGCAAAUUAACACUUUGUCUAUUAAAACAGAUACCACACGCAAACUAUUUGAUAGUUCCCAACACAAAGAAAACUCGACAUUUCGAAAGAAUUUUUGUUUUGAGAGCUGUAAUGCUUAGUGCUAGUUAAACAAAUCGUAGAGUAUGGCACGAGAUUAAAAUGUUGAUUGCAUGUCUGAUUAUUUUAAUGAUUUAUAAUUAGUGGAGACGUUGAUGACAGAAUUUAAAAAGUGAUUGUGCUUUAAAAUACUGUUUUUAUUGCUUGAAUUCAAGAGCGCCUUUAAAUACUAUGUCAUAGCUCAUGAAUUCAAGAGAACCUUUUAAAAACCAUAGCUCAUGAAUUCAAGAGCACUUUUUAAAAACCAUACAAUAGCUCAUGAAUUCAACAGCUUCUUUUAAAUACCAUACCAUAUCUCAUGAAUUCAAGAGCACCUUUUAAAAACCAUACCAUAUCUCAUGAAUUCAAGAGCACCAUUUAAAAACGGUACUAUAUGUAAUAAAUUCAAGAGCAUCUUUUAAAUAUCACGAGUACCUUUUAAAUACCACACCAUAGCUAUUUCGAGAAAUUUUAGCCUUUUUAUGGCUUCUUUUUGUAUUAUAAUACUUUUCCAUCAGGUAGUUCCUGCAAUUAUAGAAAUUCUUAACCUUAUAUGUCAUUAUCGCAAAUGCUACUAAUAAUAUCACAAUGAUAUUUGUGAUAGCUUAGUUUUAGUGGAAUUGCAGGUAUCAUAAAUAUCAGACUGUAAAAUUGGAAUGGUGCAAAUUAAUGUAAUCAUUGUCCCUGAUGUACAUAAAAGAUAAGAAAAUCUCUCUACAUUUCUUUAAUUACAGUUAAUCUGUUAAUUUGCAUGUUAAGAAUUAGUUACAUCAAGAAUAUAUUGAAAAUUUAUUUGAAAAGAACAGAGGCUGUUAUCCUAGUUGAGUAUUGUGUAAUUUGGUAGAGUUGAGAGAAUGAUUUUUUUCUUUUCAAUUUAAAUUGUUUUGGAAUCUUCCAAAUUGAAUGAAUGUAUGGAUUCUCAAAAAAACAAUUUUUUUUUUAGACUUUUAUCUUAUGUUAUUAAGCAUAUAUCUUAACCUAUAAUACAUUUUAUUUUAUUUUUAUUCUUUUAAUUUUCAUUAAUUUUUAUUAAUUUUUAUUAAUUUUUAUUCCUUAAAAUUUAGAUGUAUGUAGUUACUACACUUGUCCUUGAUCUGACAAAUUUUUCUUUAAUUCAUGUUCAGUAGAACUUUGCCCAAUUGCAUUGUAAGUCAAUGUUUAACAAGAAUAUCCCAGGAUUCCUUACAUUACUUGAUUUGGUUACAGCAAUUGAUUGGUUUAAGACCUAGAACAUGACAUGCAUAACAAUUUUGUCAGAUCAUGGAUACAUCCAAAUUUUCAUUUUAUCAGAUUGUAAUAUUUUGCUAUGAUUACUAACAGUAUUGUCAUGAUGUUUUUAAAAUAUGUCAUAAAUUUAGAAAAUAAUAUUUCUGAUUUUUGUACAAGAGGAUUUUACAUCUUGAAACAAAUAACCUUUCAUGUUAAAUUAAGGGAUAUUUCUUGUAACAUCCGAUUCAAGUCUAUUUUUUUCUCAAAAAAGACAUCAAAUAUAUAUUAGAUUUAAGAUACAAGUUGCACCCCUUUGCCAGAAUACGUCUCUGCCCGAAAAUGCACGUAUCUGGUUCUUAGUGACUUAAAAAAAUUUUUUUAUGGAAUUAAGACUUUAAGUAAUAAUAAUAAUGAUUUAUUUAUUAAAGUGUCACACAGCAUAGAACAUAUAAAUAUACAAAU